AUGGCCUCCACGUCUCCACUAACUUCCCCGAAAAAAAGAAAACUAUCAAAUUCUUCUCCUGGCGAGGAGACCCGGCGGGUUAUAACAGAAAUCAACACCAGCAAAAAGGUAAAACCUGAUUCGGCGUCGCCGGGAAGUGUACCUCACAACGCCGUUCCUCCUGAUUUACUAUUACGGUUAACCAAGAAAGAAGAAGAAGUUCAAACACUGCUGACCGAACUUCAAUCGUUGUCCCAAGUAUUAACACCGGACUUUUCAUAUGAUCCGUCUCUUCGCAAAAAAUUUCUUGAUCCUGCAAUUAAUGCCUUGUUUCGAACGAUGAAAAAAGAUAUUGAAGAGAAAAACAAAAUUAUCGAGGAAUUACAGCGAGAACUUGAAGGAAUAAACUUUACAUCAAAUAGCAUAACGGGUAAGAAGUUGGUAUCCAAGCUAAAAGCUUUACAGUCAGAAAAUGAAGAAUUGGGGCGGCAGUUGCGUCAGGGAAGAGUUGAACAAUAUGAAGUCGAGAUAUCCUUACAGAGGAAGAUGAUCAAUGAAUUAAAAGCAAGUCUUGAAGAGUCCGAAGAGCAGAACCAUUCCCUAGAUAGUGAAAUUGAAAAGCUUCAGGAUAUUGUGUUACAGCAAGCAGCAAAGUUAAAACGUUAUGAAGAGAAGUCCAACCGGGUGUUGGAAGAUG